AUGGAGCUCAAGCUGGUCUAUCGAGGGCUUCGCAAGGUUUCGGAUUGGAUUUUGGAUGGGUACUUUUCGGAGGUCGUGGUGGAAGGCAAAGAGAAUGUGCCUGUUGAGGGCCCGCUUGUUAUAGCUUCGACGCAUUCGAAUGAUAUGAUCGAUAUUGCUGCUCUGGCGGUCACCGUCCCCCACCGAGAAUGGCGUUUCCUCUGUUUCUGGGCGAAAUCCGACAUGUUCAAGAACCCGAUAGCAGCUGCUAUACUUCGAUCCUCAGGCGCCAUUCCGGUCCGCCGAAAUCCCAAUAAGGCCUCAUCGAGGAGCGGCGCGACCUCUGGCAAAUCCUCGCCCUCGAAACCGCAGACUUCGGCGGAGGAUAUGGCCGCUCGGGCUGCUCUAUUUGGUUCAACGACCAAAGUUCUUGAUAAAGGAGGGGUUGUAGGAUUGUUCCCCGAAGGUGGAAGUUAUACUGGGUGGAGGAUCUUUCAGGUUUUACCUGGAGCGGCGUGGUGUGGUGUUGAACAUGCGAGGUCUGGAAAGGGGAGGGAGAAGAAGGGGGUCGCGAUUGUUCCCACUGCGAUCACGUAUACGGAUAAAGCAAAGUUCUUGAGUCGGAUACACGUCCGAUAUGGAGAGCCUAUCCUACUGUCUUCGUACUACGAUGAGCUAUUCGACCCGGAAGUUGAACCCAAUGUCGCAGCGAACACGGUGGUGAAGAAGAUCACGGCGGAAAUGGAGAAGAGAUUAGUAGGGAUGACGGUGAAUGCUCCAGAUUGGGAAACCAUCUGCGCCGUGAAAGCUGCGCGAAACAUACUCUGGGGUGACGAAGACAGAAUCCGACUGCAGGACUGGGUCAGUAUCAACCAGCGUCUCGCAGAAGCACUAGGACCGGCAUCUCAAGCAAAGACCGCACUGGUGAAAUACCACUCGCUGCUCUACCACGCGGACGUCAGACAUUCGGUCCUGGAAUCUCUCAACUCUUCUGACACGCCGUCUCCACCCAUAUUGUCCACGAUCGCACGCCUUCCCCUCACCUUGGUGCGGUUCAUUGCCUUCCUCCCUUCCCUCGCGCUCUUCUGGCCUGGUUACAUCACCGGCCGCCUCGCUUCGAAAGCGUUCACCAACCCACUCGAGGAGGAAGCCCAGUGCCAGUUCAAAUCUGUUGGAGCAGGGCUUGGAAUCGCAUUCAAUCUGUCUGUUAUUCUGGGUCUUCUGUGGCGAGCACCUGGUAGCGCGCUGAAGCGUCUCGUGUUUGAAGGGAACGAUCAUCGGAGUCUGUGGGCCUCCUUUGGGCAGGGUAUUAGUGCUGCGUAUUUGGGUGUUUGGGUGCUGGCCAAAUGGCAUAACUUGCUCGUCAACCAAUUACAGAGAGCUUCAAAGACUUUUGACGUUCUGGAAGAUUGCGAAGGCUUGUCUCUCCACUGGCCAAACGGUGGACCUUGGACCUUACACGAAACCAGUCUAUCCUGUUAUCAACCCUUUCAUCAGACAGAAGGUUAUUUCGGAGGAUGGGGAAGCUGAAGCGGGUGUGUUGGAUGCCAAAGCACCUCCGAAGAUUGCUGCGAGCAAGCUUAUACCUUCGUUGUUGGAAGCGAGGAAGGAUGCGCGCGCUUCUCUUGCUAGAUUGCUUGUACAGAACAAGGAGUUGAAGGCGUAUUUGGUUCAGAAGGGAGCUGUGCUGUCAGGAGGUUCGAGUCGCCAGUCCGAAGUUCACCUGCGUUGUUGUGAGCGAUGCGCGUGUUUCUCUUGCUAG